CUAUCUCCUCUUUCCUCUUUGUCCGAAGCCCUUCUCCCUCUCUGCCCGAAACCCUCGUCUGCUUCACUCCCCAUCUACCAGCUCCUAGUUUCGCUUAAAACUAUCUCCUUCGAGACCAAACCCUCCAAAUACAAUUGCGAUCAGAGAUAACUGGUAAGGAAACGGCGGGAUCGCGGUGUAGAGAGACCCGAAAUUCCUAUCUGUCUCCUCCUUCCGCUCUGUUACUACCGGAAGCUUUGAGCGAUUUGUGAAGGCUAAUGGCUAUGCUUGAUGAGCCACUGUAUCCGAUUGCUAUUCUAAUUGAUGAACUUAAAAAUGAAGAUAUUCAGCUGAGGUUGAACUCCAUCCGUAGGCUUUCUACUAUAGCAAGGGCACUUGGUGAAGAAAGAACUCGGAAGGAGUUGAUUCCUUUUCUCAGCGAUAACAAUGACGAUGAUGAUGAAGUUCUUCUUGCAAUGGCGGAGGAACUGGGUGUAUUCAUUCCUUAUGUUGGAGGUGUGGAAUAUGCUCAUGUCUUGCUCCCGCCUUUGGAGACUUUGUGUACUGUAGAGGAAACUUGUGUCAGAGAUAAAGCUGUUGAGUCCUUGUGUAGAAUUGGAUCACAGAUGAAGGAAAGUGAUAUAGUGGAUUGGUUUGUUCCUUUGGUAAAGAGAUUAGCAGCUGGUGAAUGGUUUACAGCUCGAGUUUCCUCUUGUGGCUUGUUUCAUAUUGCCUAUCCAAGUUCCCCUGAUAUGCUGAAAGCUGAACUGAGAUCCAUAUAUGGUCAGCUUUGUCAAGAUGACAUGCCUAUGGUGAGAAGAUCUGCAGCAUCCAACUUGGGAAAAUUUGCAAGUACUGUUGAACAAAGCCACUUGAAGACAGAUGUAAUGUCUAUGUUUGAGGAUCUUACUCAAGAUGAUCAAGACUCUGUACGUCUGUUGGCUGUGGAAGGAUGCGCAGCGCUUGGAAAACUGUUGGAACCCCAGGAGUGUGUAUCUCACAUUCUUCCAGUAAUUAUUAACUUCUCUCAGGAUAAAUCAUGGCGCGUUCGCUAUAUGGUUGCUAAUCAGUUGUAUGAACUUAGUGAAGCUGUUGGUCCAGAAACUACCAGGUCGGAUUUAGUUCCAGCUUAUGUUAGACUUCUCCGUGAUAACGAGGCUGAAGUUCGCAUAGCAGCUGCUGGCAAAGUAACAAAGUUUUGCCAGAUUUUGGGUCCUGAGCUAGCCAUCCAACACAUUCUUACUUGUGUCAAGGAAUUGUCAUCAGAUUCAUCCCAACACGUUCGCUCAGCUUUGGCGUCAGUUAUCAUGGGAAUGGCACCAGUUUUAGGAAAAGAUGCAACAAUUGAACAGCUUCUUCCUAUUUUUCUUUCUUUGUUGAAAGAUGAAUUCCCUGAUGUUAGACUAAACAUCAUCAGCAAGCUUGACCAAGUAAAUCAGGUGAUUGGAAUUGACCUGUUGUCCCAGUCAUUAUUGCCUGCCAUUGUUGAGCUUGCAGAGGACAGACAUUGGCGUGUUCGAUUGGCCAUCAUUGAGUACAUUCCCUUGUUAGCGAGUCAGUUAGGUGUGAGAUUUUUUGAUGAUAAGCUUGGUGCUCUGUGCAUGCAGUGGCUGGAAGACAAGGUAUUCUCAAUUAGAGAUGCUGCUGCCAAUAAUUUGAAGCGGCUUGCUGAGGAAUUUGGACCAGAAUGGGCAAUGCAGCACAUUGUUCCGCAGGUUCUGGAUAAGAUGAAUAAUCCACACUAUUUGUAUCGCAUGACUUUCUUGCAUGCAAUAGCCCUUUUAUCCCCGGUCAUGGGUCCAGACAUCACAUACCAGCGGCUUUUACCCGUCGUCAUUAAUGCCUCUAAAGACAGGGUGCCUAACAUCAAAUUCAAUGUAGCAAAGGUGCUGCAAUCUCUCCUCCCUAUAGUCGACUCAUCAGUUGUCGAGAAAACUAUCAGGCCCUGUCUUGUUGAGCUUAGCGAAGACCCGGAUGUCGAUGUGAGGUAUUUUGCCCACCAAGCAAUACAAUCUUGUGAUCAGUUAAUGAUUUCGGGCUAGAGGAUUCUAUCAUCGUGUGUGAAAUUCUUAUCCAUUCUCUGCCGUUUUGACUGCCUGCUGUUAUUUUUUUCCAUGUCUUCAUUUAUAUUGUUGUCUAGAGCUCUGAUUAACACCAUUAGGCCUAACAAUGAUAUAGUAUUUUUAUAUUAUUCUGAAUUUUUAUUUGCUUUCAAAAUUAGAAU